GGUUGAGGACAUGUAAGCUGUGUGACUACGAGUCUCCAUCUCUUAUAUCUCCUUGUGUUUCCUUAUCUGAAAAAGCUGUAUCACCAUUCCCUCAGCUUUUCGUUUUUGCCAGUGUCUAUAAUUCUUACAUAUACCAAUUCUAUUUACAGUCUUUCGUUCAAAACAGCACAAUGGCAGCUGCUGUCAUGCAACCACUUUCAGCCAUGUCUCUUGAUAGAGAGAUCAUGGCUCCCUCUCCCAUCUCCAACAAUCAAUCUAGACAUGGUAGAGGUAAACAUGGAGGAAGUAUCUCCAACAACAAGAAGACUCGUCAGAGAGGCUACAGCAUUAUUGCAGAGCGCGACUCGACUGUCACUCGAGCCCUUACCAAGCUUCUCAAGCGUUCAGGAGAACAAGACCAGGAACAGGAAGAUGACUCAGAGAAGCCUGUCCCUGAUUCUGAGGGCUGGUUCAAAUGUGAAAAAGUGCUCGAAGACCUUAACUUUCUUGAUCUCGGUCUUUCAGAACUUCACAACAUCAUUCAGUCUCCUGCAAAAUCUCGGUUCACCAUAAAAUCAAUUUCCUCAUCUGAGAUCGAGUCAGAAUCUCCAUUCAACUACCUCAUUCGUCUCAACACUUCUUUUACUCCCACAACCACCACCUCAACCAAUCUAUCCUCAAUUUCCCUUCAACUUCUGACCGCCGCGACCGCAGAUCUACCGGAUCUCGUCGUUUACGAAACCUCCUACGCAAACUACCCUCUCAUUCUCGCUUCUGGGGGUAUCAAAAAAGCAGGCGGGCAAGCUCAUCUGGCAUUCUCUAGUAUCUUCAUCUCAUCUGAUGGUACCGAGACUCGAACAUCUUCAUCCACCAGCAAAGAUGAUGCCGAUAUAUCCAUUUACAUCUCUCUCAAAUCAACUCUUGAGUCUCAUCCCAAGAUCAAAUGGUACAAAAACGGUAAUGGCGGAAUAUUAAGCGAGGGAGAUGACGGAGGUAUGAUUCGCAAAAGUGUGUGGAAGAAGGUUGUUGCGAGAAGAGCAGAUAUCGGGGUCUUGUUUGAGAAUGGAGUAGUGAGGAAGGAGGUGCCGGUUGGGUUGAGGGGAAAGGGUAGUAAGGGGAAGAAGGGGGGGAGGGGGAAGGGAAAUACAUGGAAUCAGGAAAUGAAGGAGAGGAGUGAGGAUGAGACGGAGUCGAAUGAGGAGUGAAUUCUUUUUAGGGGAGGUUUUUUUUUGUUUUCGAAAAAUGUGGAUUGAGAUGUUGGGAAGCAAGCAGUUUGGAAAUAGAGAUUGAUUAGCACAGAUUCAUAUACAAAUACAGUGUUCUGCAGUUUUGUCUUUCUUUUAGUUCGCUGGUGUUCAAUUCUUAUUCUAUGGGGAAAGUAUGUCUUAACCACAGUCGCGUAUCUUCACCGAUGAAUAAACGAUGUCUGUUCACAAUUCAUAGGUAUCCCGCACGCA